AGGCAGGCGGGGAGCAGCGCAGCCUGUAAUUUCCUGGUCAUAUGUAACUGGGUGGGGAAGCGCCUGAUCCUUGGGGUGCAAAAUCCAUGGAUCCUUGGAUCCUCCACUUUCUCAUUUUCUUGGCCACCUUGGGGAAGUCCUGCUUGUCAUCCAAGCUUGAACCCUCUGCUUCAGAGCAUGCUCAGCAAUGCUUUCUCUACCUGUCAAAAGAAUGUGCUUCUGGCAAAGAGCCCGUCCACCCAGAUAGAAGGUAUCUUUGCUGCAACCACAGGAAGAUCGGUUCCAGAAGAGCAAGAAGCCCUUCUCCAGCAGUGGCUGGAGGAAGAAGUAGGGAAUUUGCCAGCCAGUGAGAGUGUUCCAGCAGCAAGGAAAGUAUCAGUUACACUCACUAGUGCCUGGUUAGAAGGUUCAGAGCUAUUGAUGACCAGCCUCAGUGACCUGAAUACGUCUCCAGAAGUCACCCAAUGUGCUGAUCAGCAGCUCUUGGAGCUAAACACCUUGGCUUCUUCAGAACUGCAAGAUCAUGCAGUGGCUGAACUGACAAGAUUACCAGCAGAGGAAACAGUGACUGCAGCAGGCAGUGCCCCUUGGACAGCUGUGGUGCCACAGACAGAUCACCAGACAGCUGGCUGUGCUGGUAUCAAUGUGGAAGUGCUGAAUGAUGACCCAGCUGUGCUGGCCUGGAGUUUAGCAUGUGAUGCGGAGACAGUGCCACCAGCGCUCCCAGCCCAGCCCAUUCAGGAUGCAGUGCCAUUUUAUCCUGUUCCAACAGAGGUGCCCUACCAUGAGAUUUUAUGGAGAGACUGGGAGGAUCUUUCUGUCCAGCCCUGUGUCUUAGAGCAGGUCUCAGAAAACACUUCUCUCUUUGAAUUUCGAGUCAUGUCUUACAACAUCCUUGCCCAGGACCUGGUGGAGCAGGGCAUUGAUCUCUAUGUACACUGUCAUCCAGACAUCCUGAGCUGGAACUACCGCCUUCCAAACCUUUUGCAGGAGAUCCAGCAUUGGGAUCCUGAUGUUCUGUGUCUCCAGGAGGUUCAAGAGAACCAUUACUGGGAGCAACUGGAACCAACAUUCAAGGAGAUGGGCUUUGCUUGCUUCUAUAAACGGAGAACUGGGACGAAGACAGAUGGAUGUGCAGUGUGCUAUAAGCACAGCAGGUUCCAGCUGAUCAGCCUCAGCCCUGUAGAAUACUUCCGGCCUGGCCUGGACAUCCUCAACCGGGAUAAUGUGGGCUUGGUGCUGCUGCUGCAGCCUGUGCUCCCAGAGGACCUAGGUCUGAAGGCAGUCAGUCCUUUGUGUGUGGCCAACACCCACGUGUUGUUCAAUCCCCGUCGAGGAGAUAUCAAACUGGCCCAGGUGGCCUUGCUGCUAGCAGAGAUUGACAAAAUUGCAAGAACUACUGAAGGCAGCUACUAUCCUGUCAUCUUGUGUGGAGACCUAAACUCCGUACCUGAUUCUCCACUCUACAAAUUCAUCCGAAAUGGUGAACUUUCCUACCAUGGGAUGCCAGCCUGGAAGGUGUCUGGUCAGGAAGACUUUUCCCAACAAUUGUAUCCACGGAAACUGCUGGCCCCACUGUGGCCGAGCUCACUGGGUGUAACAGACAAGUGCCAGUAUGUCACUCUGUGCCAGCCAAAGAAACUUGGGAGGCGUGAAUACAGCCGUGACUUCCUGCUGCAGUUCCGCUUUUGCGAUGUUGCCUGUGAACGACCACCUCAGCUGGUCCUCUUGGAAGGUGUGACAGAUGCUAAACCAGACCGCCCUGCACACUGGCCCAAGCCUGCUGCCAUGGUGAAAGAUCCUGAUCCCCAGCCAUUCAUCCCAAGGUGUUCAGGUGUUAUCCAGCACAGCCUCAACCUGACCUCUGUCUACAGCCACUUCUUGCCACACAGGGGACGUCCAGAGGUCACAACAAUGCCCAUGGGGCUUGGAGCCACUGUAGAUUACAUUUUCUACUCAGCAGAGCCUGUGGAGAGCAAGGCGGGUCGCAGGCUGUACAAGGAUGGGGCCCUGAAGCUGCUUGGCCGUCUUUCUCUUCUCUCUGAAGAUGUCCUCUUGAUGGCAAAUGGCUUACCAAAUCCUUUUUGUUCAUCUGAUCAUCUAUGCCUGCUGGCUAGCUUUGGCUUGGAGAUCUCCAGCCUCUGAGAGAGUUAGUGUUGGUUCCCUUUCCUGAAAGAAAAGCUGUUCUGAAUGCAGCAGUUGAGACUCUGGAUUGUACAACCUGCUUGCUAGAAAACCCUUUGCCUUGUGGUGUCCUAAAAAUACUUUUCUCACCUCACACCCUCACUAAAAGCAGAGAUGGGAGAGUUGGAGCGCUUUUUGCAUUGAUAUUUUCUACAUCUUUCCAAACCUGAACUGUGUUCCCAGUGGGCUGUCAGGUGUAUUCAGGCAUUAGCAUCUCUUAAAGGGAUCCUUGUUUCAUUGCCUUGUUUAGUGAAUGUUUUUGUGCUGCAGGAACCAACAUAACUCCCAUGUUUGUUUGUCCCUGUGUGAGAUUUUCAAGGAUCAGGAAAAAGAGGGGUAAUGCUCUCUGCUUUUGGUUAGUUUAAUUGCUACCAAGGAGCAUGGGAUGUAUAUGCCAGUACUCUUUCACACCAAAACAAUAGUUCUUUUAAUUUCUCAGUAAUAGUUCAGUACUUUCAGGGAUAGUUGUUGCUUUGCCUUUUAGAUUGGAUCUGCUAACUGCUUGGAAAUGUCUUUUACUUAAUGAUCUGUAAGGGCUGACUUGCUGACAGAAGGAUUUGUGUGGUGUAACAGUUUUUACAAGAAACUGCUUGCUGUGACUAAUGGACCAGGGAAUGGGAUUGCCAGGAAUGGAGCCAGGGGUUCUACAGAGCCGCCCACAGCAGCCCUAGAACUGCAGGGGUUCUACAGAGCCACCCACAGCAGCCCUAGAACUGCAGCAAAAGAGUAGAGGCCUUGGGGAAGGUUUCUUUCCUUUUUAGCAGUCUCAGAAUGGUACCUAAUUUGUCAUUUUUAGCAAAAUUAUUUAGGAUCAUUCCAGUGAAUAUCCUGUGGAAAUAAUUACCCUGUAAGGCAUGACAACCCCAGAAGGCUAUAACUGUGGUUGUCCCAAAAGAGACAUGAAAUUGGAAGGCAUGUGAGAGUCAGCAGGACCAUUCGACAGAAGAGCUGUUCUUGUCACUUGCCUUGUUCUUUUUCUCUGUGCACUCUCUAUUGUGUUCAGCCUGCCGGGGUCAAUAGCCAACCUGUAGCAUCCAUCUGUGCCAGACUGAAAGUCAUACUGCAUCCUUCUUCUGGACCCAGCUAUAGAUAGAACCCUUAGGAUCAACUCCUGUCUCUUGACAUGCAUUGGGAGUAAGGGGAAGGCUGGGUAACUUGGAACCAGACCGCAGUCACUUGGAUCCCAGCGUACCUUUGGUGUCCUGUCGGUGUGCUUUUGUAAGCAGUGGCUUGGGCAGUACAAAAGCAGUCGAGCUGUACCUGUUCCUGGACUAGAUUCCCCAGUUCAGCCUGGCUAUUGAUGCUCAGUUUUUCCCUAAGAGGUGAAACCAGUAUCGGCAGCAACAUUAUCAAUCUUCUGUUCACAAACAAGGCAGCAAAUCCGGACCCACCUCAGAUUUUUGUGGGAAGGUACAGAAGACUUGAAACAUUGUUUGUUCUUCAUGGUCUAUAUUGAGAGACUGUGAUAUUUUAAAUGUUACUUUCUUUAUUGAAAAAUAAAACACUGCUAAUUUAAGAAAAUAUCACAAAUUAACUGUGGCACCUUGUAUUUCUGGAAGCUGAACCUCUGAACACUUCCGGGCCAGGCUUUGCUGGCUGCAAGGUUGAAGAGGGCAAAUUGACUACACAGGAAAGUAAUGAGGGUUGAAGAGAGGGAAGAAGUAAGUCUGAUUUAAUCUCCCAAGACAUCCCUAAAUCCCAGAGGUGGCUUCUUUGGAGUUGAGCUUGUCUUGCCUGCUCCACUCCUCACCACCCCACCCCAUCCCCACCCCCAAACAAAGAUUUGCCUUCAGGAGCCUUUGCCCUCUUCCUUAAGAAAGCAAUACUGAUGAUCUUUUACAGCUCACUUCUGUAAACUACAAAAACAAGGCGGGGGCGGGGGAGGGGGAGUUGUGUUCUGUGCCCUUAUGAGUAUGUAAGGACUGCAUAUUCCUCUCUUGCCCUGCCAGAUGGCGUGGUAUUUGUCUGGUGAUCUGUGGAUGGCUUUUGCUGCCAUUUGUGAGUUUUUGUAAGUGAACAACAGUCUUGGAGGGGAUGUGAAUUAUUUUGCCCUUAGGUGAUAGUUCUGGCAUGGCACUGGUAUGUGGGGGGGAUGGAUGCAGAGGUGUGCAUUUAUAUGACUAUGUUUAUCUCAAUUUCUGGAUGUACUCCUACUCUGAUUUUUUAAGUGGCUGUAUUUAUAAAGGGAGGGAAGGAAAGGGUAAACUGAGAGCUUUGCUUUCUGUCUGGCUCAAAAAGAAGUUGCCAGAAGGCAGCCUGGUUGCAGAUGAUUCCCUCCUGCUGUUAACAUUGUAAUAGGAAUCUUAGAAGACACUAAAGGUUUAACAACAAAACAAAAGCACCACAAAAAAUUCUGACACAUAGUGUUGUCACUUAGAACUUCAACUAUCUGCUUCUAUUGUAAUUGCUGGCUGAGUCUGAGGUCAGUUGGUGAGGAGGUAUUUGUCUAUGACUGUGUGUGUGUGUGUGUAUGGAAGCUGCCUGUAGGAGACUCAGAAGGUGUGCACCAUACACCAGCAGAUGAACUGGUUGCACCUGCACUGCCUGAAGCAUCCUGCCAUUCCUGUGAUGUAACUCAGGUGGGGGACCUGUGUUCCAGUAUCACAAGUGCUUUUUCUAUUUUAUGUAAACCAAAACCUUGACCUGUGGGCAAAUUGCAUGGAAGCAUUUCAGGGAGGUUUUAAGGUUCCAGCUAUGCUUUGCUGGAAAUCUAAUGUUGCAUAGGUCAAACUAAUGCUUUCCCUUUCCAUGCAUGAAAUAAUAUGGUGUGCACUUGGAAUUGUUAAGUUUUUGAACACUGGAUAUGGAGUCAUGUGCAGAGAAGCCCCAGGACAAUGCCUACAAGUCCUCUUACUGUUUUUUCUGGAGGUUAUGGUGCUCCCAGGGAGAAUUGCAGUUCUCAAAACCCUGGCUUACACAUGCUUUGUUGGGCACUCAUAAGUGAAACUAUGGCAGAAAUGCAGGACUAUUGCUAGUGACUGGUAGAGACACAAAGGCAGAGUUGAAAACUUGAUCUCUGUGUUUAUCUCUUCUGUGGACUCUUAUGGAGGUGGCCUGUUUCAGGAAAAUAAAACGCCCUGUGUUCUAGAGCAA